AUGCCAAAUAAUAAUAAAACUAAUGUUAAUUUUGGACGCAAAGAUAAGCGUGGAUGUGGUGGAUCUAUUUCCCCUAAUACAUCAGACUCAACAACAUCAACUGGACCAACAUACUCGGGACAGAGUACGAUGAUCAGUUCCAAAGUAACACCUCGUAAAAAUGGUAAAAGUGGUGUUAAAAGACCAGUAUCAUUGAUUGUUUAUGAUAGUUCCUCAUCUGACUCUGAUAUGUCAUCACCUUUAAGAAAUUCCCAAGUUUCCUCUGGAUCACCAGUCCAGUCUAGUCAUAGAAAAUCUAAUCAGUAUUCAUCAUUUCAUUCCAAUACUCCAACAACACCAUCUUCAUCAAGAGGAAAAACUUUCGUAGUAGGGUUAUCUUUUAAUACUCCACUAUCAACCAGAAAUGGAACUGGAUCUCCAAAGAAUUCUCGUCGCCGAGAAGGAUUACAAACCAUUUCUAGUCAAAAAUUUUUCGCUGCAUCAACAGUUAAUGGAUCUCCACUUCCAGAUAAGCUCCCAUUACCACCAACAGCAUGGAUUAAUGAGAUUUCUCGUAGUACCCAAAAUACACCAGUUAUGGGUAUGACAUCACCAACAACCGUUGAAGCUGAUAUCCCUCAAUUGGCAGCUAAUUUUAUCCGUAUGAAUCCUUUUCAUUUGAUAGCUGCAGUUGCUGCCUCAUAA